AUGCACACUGUGUUGCAGAGCUGGCCUCCUAGACCCAGAGACCCGUCCACCAUGCUGCUCCUCCAGACUCUGUGUCUGGGCCUGACCUGGGCUCUCUGCCUCGCCGCUCCCAACCAUGACCUUUCCAGACAAGUUCGUGAGGUGCUCCCGCUGGCCCUCAGUGACCAGGUGGACCGAUGUGAAGGCAUCGAGUUUGACGCAAUCGCCCCAGACGCCAAGGGAAUCACCUUCUUCUAUAAGGGUAAGCACAUGUGGACGGGCUUCCACGGCCCCACGGAGCUCCUCAGCACCUCCUACAAGGAACUGGAGCAGCACCCCCUGCUGGGCGACAUCGACGCCGCCCUCUGCCUGCAUCACGCCGACGAUGCCGACCACAAGCACGUCUUCUUCUUCCUGGAUGACAAGGUGUUCAGCUACCACGACCACACCCUAGAGGAGGGCUUUCCCAAGGACAUCUCCCAGGUGUUCCCAGGGAUCCCCAGCGACCUGGACGCGGCCGUGGAGUGCCCCAAAGGAGAGUGUGUCCGGGACUCUGUCAUCUUCUUCAAAGGUUCUGAGGUGUUCCACUACGACACGUACACCAAGAAGGUCAAGACCAGCCAGUGGACUCAUUUCCCAAACUGCACCUCCGCCCUGCGCUGGUUAGACCACUACUACUGUUUCCAUGGACACCAGUUCACCAAGUUCCACCCUGUCACCGGGUCUGUGACGGGGACCUACCCCAAGGAUGCCCGUGACUUCUUCAUGAAGUGCCCCAACUUUGGUCGCCUUAGUAACCACACAGAGAGGGAGCGCUGCAGUCACGUCCACCUGGACGCCACCGCCUCCGACGGCCUGGAGAGAGCGCUCGCUUUCAGAGGUGACUACUUCUUGCGGGAGGAUGAGAGGACUGGUGAUGGCUGGCACGCAUUCCCUAUAGCUGAGUACUUCAAGGAAGUAAAGAGCGACCUAGAAGCAGUGUUUUCCUACGCCAGCCAGCUGUACCUCAUCAAAGGUGACCAGGUGUUCCUCUACUCGUCUGGAGAGAAGUAUGAGCUGGUGGAGGGUUACCCUAAACCCCUGAAGGAGGUGUUGGGCAUCGAGGGACCGCUGGAUGCUGCAUUCGUCUGUGGAGAGUACUCUGUUCUGCAUGUGGUUAAAGGCCAGCAGAUGUUUGACAUCGAGCUGACAGCCGUCCCCAGGGCCGUGGUUAAGGAGGCCAAACUGCCCUUCGCCAAGCUAGAUGCUGCCAUGUGUGGCCCCGAUGGCAUCAAAGUGUUCGUUGACGCCGAGUACUUUCAGUACGCCACCCCUAUGCUGUUAGCUUACAGCCGGAUCCGACCUGAGCCACACAAGAUGUCCCUGGACAUGUUCGGCUGUGACCACUAGAGGGCGCUAAUGAUUUGCAAACGUUGAUCGGCGCUGUGGUGAAUAAGAAUAAUCUUGCAGUUAUUUUAUUUUUUGUUUAUUUCGUUUUUCAACAGGGAAAUACAGAGUCAUACAAGAAAAUAAUGAGGCUUCAGUUUGUAAUUAAACAAAGUUAUUUAUCUAUACAUCAAUGACAACAAUAGAGAUGUCCUUAACCGCUUUGCAGGUCCUCAGCAUUACACAGUCAACAACGUUGGACGUAGAAUGAACCUAGACCCUGAGCAAUAGUAAUGAGUCAUGUAAAGUAGUGAAACAGUCCCUGUUUAAUUGGUAUGGUUUCGCAUCAUUUGUCAAUUUUUCAAUUUGUCAUUGUCAAACUACAACAGAUGCUACCUCAUAUUAUCCAUUUUACAUCAUGUGUUUAAUAUGCAACAACGUUUACACGCAUUUGUUUUUGAAUGUUUACUCUCACGAAUAUCACUGUCACACAGUCACAUACAUUAAAGUUUUUCAGUUCCUUA